AUGGUUUCACUGACGGUACUCUCUGCGUCAAAGCCCCCUUCCUUUGCGCGUGGUUUCCCUCUGACUAUCGAGGUCACGCCUGAAGCCACAGUAGCGGAUGUCAAGGCUUCAAUAGCCGCAAAGUUCCCAAAGUUCAGCACAUCACGCCAAAGAAUUUCCGUCAAGGAUGACAAAAAGCCGCUUGAGGAUGAAACAAAGCUGGCAGACGUGCUGGGCGAGCAAUUGCGUGGUGGUGAACUUCAAGUGAAGGAUCUUGGGCCUCAGAUCAGCUGGAGGACGGUGUUCUUGGUGGAAUACGCCGGGCCGCUCCUCAUUCAUCCGUUGUUCUAUCACUUGCCUCAAGUAUUCUAUGGCAAGGAGGUUCAACAUAGCGCUUUGCAGAAAUAUGUUUAUGCUUUUGUUAUGCUUCAUUUUAUAAAACGUGAACUGGAAACGAUAUUUGUGCACCGAUUCUCGCAUGGCACGAUGCCGCUGCUCAAUAUCUUCAAAAACUCAGCCCACUAUCACAUCUUUAGUGGCCUCUUCCUCGCUUUGGACGUCUACCGAUCCAAGUUCUCCGCCACCUCACCCUACAUCGUCGGCACAUACCGCGACAAUGAAAAGUUUUUAUGGGUCUCUGCCGGAAUAUGGGCCUUCGCGGAAAUCUCAAAUCUUCACACACAUCUGACGCUGCGCAAUCUCCGCCCAGCAAACACGCGAAAGAGGGCUAUACCCUACGGUUAUGGCUUCUCCCUGGUCUCGUGCCCCAAUUAUUUCUUUGAGGCUGUUGCAUGGGGUGUUAUCUGCGUGAUGACUGGGAGUGUUGCCGCAUUGGUGUUCACCGGCCUCGCUGUUGGACAGAUGGCGCUUUGGGCUAUCAAGAAACAUAAGAAUUAUAAGAAAGACUUUGGGAAGGAGUAUCCUCGCGGGAGGAAGGCCAUGUUCCCCUUCGUUCUGUGA